GCGAGGCGCGGUGAGUCAGAGCGCACAGUAAAUAUUUGUAUUAGCCGGGGCCGGCUCGCUAAUGGUGGACGCGUGAGGCGGAGGCGCGAGCGCGCAGGGAGGCCGGAGCGGGCAGCGCGGCGGCACCAUGUCCGUGAACAUGGACGAACUCAAGCACCAGGUCAUGAUCAACCAGUUCGUGCUGACGGCGGGCUGUGCGGCCGAUCAGGCGAAGCAGCUGCUGCAGGCGGCCCACUGGCAGUUCGAGACAGCCCUCAGCGCCUUUUUCCAGGAGACCAACAUCCCCUACAGCCACCACCACCACCAGAUGAUGUGCACUCCCGCCAACACCCCCGCCACGCCCCCCAACUUCCCUGAUGCCCUCACCAUGUUCUCGCGGCUCAAGGCUUCUGAGAGCUUCCAUGGUGGCGGCAGCGGAAGCCCAAUGGCCACGACAGCCACUUCGCCCCCGCCACACUUCCCCCAUGCCGCCACCGGGAGCUUCGCAGCACCCAGCUGGCCAGCUGCAGCCUCGCCCCCAGGAGGCCCACAGCACCAACAGCCGCAGCCGCCCCUGUGGACUCCGGCACCCCCUUCCCCAGCUUCAGACUGGCCACCCCUGGCCCCCCAACAGGCCACCUCAGAACCGAGGGCCCAUCCUGCCAUGGAGGCAGAGAGAUAAGGGAGGCCCCUCCCCCCUCCCGGAGGCCAGGUCCCCGUGGGGCGGGGGAGAGGAUAUCUCCGCGGGCCCCUUCACCCCUCUGUCUGCACCCCUGUGCCCCGGAGCCCUGGAGGGGAGACUGGAUCUAGCCAGGCAGGGAUCCGUCUUGUGCCAGCAUGCACAGCUGCACGCACGCAGCCGCCCGCAUGGACUUGGCUCAGAGUGGCUUGGGUGCCUGGAGGACAGCACCUCGGAGACCAGACAGCCAUCCCGCGAGGACUUACCCGCCCCGCCCCACCCUUUCCAGGGUUGCUUCGGAGCAUCGCCUGGUGGAGAUGUGGCUGGCUCCUGGCGUGGAGCGUCCUGGGGCCAGCAGACCUAGACCCCCAUCCCGGGAAUGCAGAGCCUCCGCAUGUGUGCGUGUAGCCGUGUCUGUGUGUGUAUACGUCCGUCGCUCUUCAAAAAGCAACCUAGUUUAUGGGGCAGCUGGACUUUGCAUGUUAGAGUGAGCCCCGAACCCCUUGCCCGCCGGCCCCUCUGCCCAGAGCCCUGCUCCCACCCCACGCCCUUGUCAGCCAGCAUUGCUGUUCCUUGCAGAGAAUAGGAUUAUGGGAAACUCCAGGACUCUUCGCGCCCUCUCCCAGCGCGUCUUGCUGGGACUGCCUGCAUGCCACCCCCAGAGCCCAGGGGUACCCAAUCCCCACUCCGUUCCCGCCUUUUAACAAAGAGAAGAAAGAGUUCCAAACCAC